AUGGCGCAGCACGGCACCGCCGGAUCUUCUUUGGGAACAUAUGGAGACGAAAACUUGACAUGUUCCACUUUGGCUGCUAGGUACUUGUCAUCAUUAUCGACGGAUAAAGAAGCCGGCAAUGCAAGUCGGCUAUCCUGCCUGGGUUCGGAUAGGAAGCGCGGGAUCGACGACGAGCUGUCCUUUGAUUUUGAUGGCGAUCUGCGCUUCCUCUCCUCAUUGUAUACAACGCCCAGGACGCCUUCGGCGGACAAUCCCAUAUGCCUCUCGCCGCCGUCCGAUCCGCUUUCUUCGCCGCCGGGGUCGAUCUGUGCUGCUAACCAGGGAUCGUCCAAAGGGGAUGAUACUGAGGGGUUCUGUAGCGGCAGGCUUGCGUACGCAAACAAGGUGUCAAAACGCCAAGCGCAGAACCGCGAAGCGCAACGCCGCUUUCGCGAACGCCGCGAGCAAGAACGUGCCCAUCUGCUAGGCCUGCUACAGAAGCUAGGCGCGGAAAACAAACAAAUCACUAAUAAUCUCAACCAAAUGCAAGAGAAAUAUAUCACGCUAGAGGCACGUGCAAAGCAGCUGCAGACAGAGGGGGAAAUCCUACGCCGUUGGCGCCAAGAGAUCAUGUGCUCUAUGGCCGGGCUCGUCCAACACCCGAAUCUCGCGGACGAGGUGCUGGAGGCUGUGGCGAGUAGUUGCUCGUAUGAUUGCUGGCGCAGGGGGAUCCAGCGCACCAGAGCGUUUAUUGUGAUGCAAACGCUUGCGUCGCUUUUUGCGGGGGUUGAGGACGGCAACUUGAGUCUGACGGUUGAUGGUGGCAAUGGUGGUGAGGGUGCGUCGGGGGAGUUGAAUAAUAUAGAGGUGAACGCAUCACAUACAGAGAACUAGCUAGUCUUUUGAUAUUUUUUUCGAUCUUACUUAGCCCUUUUAGCCUU